AAUCAAUCUGGCCUGCACGUGUAUGUUGGUGUGCGUCAUGAUGCAGAGUUUUCAUACAUCGUGCACGGGCCUCUUUUGGACUCGGAUAUAUGCAUCAGAUCCACCGCGCAACAAAUAUCAAGGUACACACACCUUGCUUACCGUGGUAGGCGAGGUACAGUAUAACCCCUGUUGGAAUGUGCACCAUGGAUAGCCAUGCUAUUUUUCUGGAAAAAUCAAAGUCCGGAAUCGGGAGUUAUAGAUGGGAAUCCGGCGAUUGAUGCGAUUAGGUACUUGACUUCACCACUUUAAUUGGGCGGCUUUACAGGUAUCUUUAAUUUAUUACUGGGGUAUCCUAGCUGCACAUUCAGUCAGGGGCUAUAUUGUACGUAGUAUCGAGCACCCAAUUCAACGGAGCAAAACUGAGUGCCAUUUACGCAAGGUUUUGUUUGGCAUGUUAAACUCCGGGGAAAUGGCUCUGGCCAACCUCGAAAACGCCUCUGGCGGACUUUUGAAACCCGAAUUCCUGGUCACAUAUGGUUUUUGUGAAUUAUUUAGUUGCGUGUCCGGGCACUCCGUGAUUGUCUGGAAUACAGGAAAUAUAAUCCUGACCGAAGGAUUUGCCCACUAGAACACAAAAGGCAGAGCUUGUCGUUCUCACAGAAACCUGUGCACCAGCCUUAACAACUCAGCACUGAGCCCCACCGUCGAUCACACUCCCAACUUUCAAGUACUGCAAUUAUCGAGUCACGGGCAAACAGAACCAGGCGCAAGUAUGGUGUCAAAAAGUGGCAUUGAUAUGACCGGGAGGGUAUUUAGCAUCACAGGCGGGGCAUCGGGCAUUGGACUGGCCACGGCCCAGCUCUUGGCUCGCAACGGCGCCGCCGCCAUUUGGAUCGCCGACGUCCAGUCGGAACUUUUCGACAAAGUGCGGAAAAAGCUGAAUGACAUUAACCAAAACACCAAAAUCUAUCUCGAUAAAGUCGACGUCGGCAACAGCGCAGAGGUGGACCAAUGGGUGCAGCGCAUUGUCGCAGAAUCCGGAGGUCUCCAUGGCGCAGCAAACGUGGCGGGUGUUGCGGCGACUUACAGGCACACGGACGGGGAGCAGCCUAGCACCUUGGAGAUGGACGACGAUGAGUGGCGCCGCGUUUUCCGCGUCAACGCGGACGGCGUUAUGUAUUGCACCAGGGCCCAGGUCAGGGCCAUGGUGAAAAUGGACGAGGGCAGCAACCCGGCCAUCGUCAACGUUUCCAGCCUCGCCGCGACAAAGGCAAGCGCCACCUUUUUGGCCUACGCGGCGAGCAAGGCCGCAUGCGCUCAUUUCACCCAGUGCGUCGCCAAGGAUCUUGCCGGUCGCGGUCUGAGAAUCAACUCUGUUCUGCCAGGCGGGGUGUGGACCCCUAUGGUGAUGAAGGCGAUCGGUAUAUCGCCCGAUAGUGCGGACGACGCAGACCCAGUGGAAGUGGCGGCUCAAGCUCAAAAUGCCGGAUGCAUCCUGCCAGAAGAAGCGGCCGAGGCGAUUGUAUGGCUGUUGAGUGAGAAUUGUCUGCAGCUCAACGGUAUCGCUGUGCCGAUCGGUGAGAUGGACGUGAGCCGAUAGUGCAGUGACACUAUGGACACAUCAACGCAGCGUUAGGCUACCCCGGAUCAUUUAGAAAGCGGUAUAAAUUCUCGGAGUGCUUCCAAACGAUGCCAGGAAACCAAUGGCAAUUGAUAAAACAUCUGAUUCCCUAGCAUUGAACAGGCAUGUCAAGAUACGGAAAGGCCUUUGUAAACCAUGGUUAUAAAAGUCAGUGACCCAAGGGCAAGUUAACAAAUCACAGAUCACGUUUGCUUGCUGGGAGUACUUACGGCAGCGUCCAGUUCA